ACCCACCAAAACACGAAUCUUUUUUCCCAAUGAAAUGAAAACGAAAAUCUAACAACACCUGCUCUCUCUCCCCCCAUUUCUUCACAAUGACUUCAGAUUCCUUCAUCAAUCCAUUCUUUCGUUAUCUUCUUCUUCAUCAUCCCACCGACUAAAACAUCUCCACAAAUUUCAAUCCACCCUGAAAUUUAUAUCAACCGUUCAUAAAGAUGAAGCCUUGGCAGGAUUUUAUCGGUUUGACAUCAGGUUUAAAAUGAACAUGACUAUAUAACAUCAAGAGUUUGUGGUAUCUAUGCAUUCAAUAUAAGUGAAGAGUUCUGGGGGGCGUAAUGUGUGAACUGCUAAGUACUGUUUUGUGUUUACCAUUGUGAUCAUUAUUGUAAUUUGGACCUAAUGCCAGGUCAAAGGAGCAUUUUUGAUCCUUUCCCUGAGCCUGUUGAUCUGAAUCAGGGGUCAAAUUCGAAUAGUACUAGUAUGGAUGAGUCUGAUGAUUGGAACAUUUUAUCUCCAAUGGAAAGACGGUUGUUAAAUAACGAUCUUUCCAGGGAGCUAAAUAUCAGUAGUGUGAAUACAAAUAAUCAUCAUAAUUUAAGAAGUUUUAGCAGCUGGGAUGUUGGAGAAUCAAGCUCUAGAGCAAGUUUACAGGAUCGCGUUUCUAAUGAUGGUUUGAAACCGGACCAUGAUUCGAGAUUAAAAGAGCACCGACCUAAAUCAUCAACAAUCAGUACACAUGACAGUUUUCCUGGUGGCCAGGUUGCUGCUGGCUCAUCAAGUAUCCAUAUGAAUGUUAAUUUAGAUGUUGGAUAUGAGGGCCCUGAUGGUGAUGAUAAUGGGUUCCAUUUUAUGGAACUUUACAAGUCUGACAGAACCGAGUCUGCGGCUAGUGGUUCCUCUCAUGGUAUCGGCCCUUCUGAAUGCGAGUCUGGGUCAUCUUUGGGUAGUUGGGGUCUUAAAAGAAAAGCCUUAGAAGGGACAUCUUCACAGUCUCUCACUGGUGGCAGCUCAAGCUGCUUUCCAGAAUCUUCUAGAAGCCUAAAUAUAUCUUCAAGUCUAGUCGACCCUAUGCCAGUGAAUUGCCAGGAGCCUCCAAACACACAAAUUGGAGUUGUCACGAGUGCUCCAGGAGUUCCAGAAAACUCUCAAACACAUUUUGGCCAUAGAGGUUGGGUUCCUUAUAAUAAUAUAACAUCAACCAGAAACUCUACUAGGCAUCCAAAUAUAGACACAUCUCAGAGAUCGUCUAAUAGACAACUGUUACUUAAUGAGUUUUUGGACCAGACAUCCAGAGGAACUGAUUCAGGUAAUAUAUCAGACCAGCAACCCCCGUUAAUGCAUAUUCCCAGUAUGCCAAGAAACACGAAUCAUUUCUGGUGGGGUAGUAAUAUCAGGUCAAGAAGUGGUAACUCGUCAAGUUCUCCAGGACUUCCUCUAGAGAGAAGUUCUGAACCAAAUAUUAGAAACCAUGUGCAGCAUCAUAAUUUUGUUCCAUCAUCCGAGAGGAACUUGGUGCAAGAUCCAACUCGUUGGAGCUUAGCUACCGGAAGUGUAAGCACGAAUGGAGGUGGUGGUGCACCACCUAUUUCAAGGAAUGUUAGUGGUUCAGGUGGUUUUCAUCCAUUUAAUUCUCUCUGGACCCCACAGCUUAAUUCCACAAUGCCAAGUCAGCAAGGAUCAACCGAGUUACCGCCUUGGACUCUUUUUCCAUCUGCAGGGGUGGAGUCUGGAGGGCAGAGAGGCCCCUUUCCCCUGUUUCCUGCAGGCUCUUCUUCUACCUCAGAAGACGGUCAUAUUUCAUCUAGGGUUCCUAGUCAGAGACAUCAUUAUCAACCCUUUCCAAGGUCUGCAUUACUAAUGGAGAUACCUGGGGAUGAUUGGCGUGCUUUAGCUGCUGACAUCGAGGGAAGACAAAGGCUGGUGUCCGAGAUCCGACAAGUGUUAAAUGCAAUGCGGAGGGGUGAAAACUUACGGGCUGAGGAUUAUAUGCUGUUCGAUCCGUUUAUCAAUGGGGUCGCUGAGUUGCAUGACAGGCAUCGAGACUUGAGGCUAGAUGUUGAUAAUAUGUCUUAUGAGGAACUUCUAGCACUGGAAGAACGUAUAGGAGAUGUGAACACCGGGCUAAGUGAGGAAGUCAUUUUGAAGUCGAUGAAACAGAAAAAGCAUAUAGCAUUUAUGGCGUUUUCGACCCAACAUUUGGAGCCAUGUUGCAUAUGUCAGGAAGAGUAUGACACAGGGGACGAUAUCGGAAGCUUGGAUUGUGGACAUGAUUUCCACAGAGAUUGCAUCAAACAGUGGCUAGCUCAGAAAAACAUUUGCCCCAUUUGCAAGAUGACUGGGCUGGCCCCUUGAAAGAAAAAAUGACAGUAAAAAAGAAAUCUUCUAAAAAAGUUUUACAUUUAAACUUAAUUGGGUGCCCCGACGUUCUGUAAGUUUACAUGUCCUUUUUGCAGCCUCUUUCUGUUGCUCUAAAACAAGAGGUGUAAGAUAAGGUCAUAAAAAUAUUCAUGGAAAAAUUGAAAGUAUUUAUGGAAAGUUACCGUUUGGUUUUUGGAUGUUUAAA